AUGGAACUUUGGGCAGAGUCUUCCUUCAGCUGCUGUGUUGGGUUUUCUUCACAGGUGGCCGCAGUGACAGAUUAUGGGGCAUUUAUCAAGAUUCCAGGCUGCAGGAAACAAGGCCUCGUGCACAGGACUCACAUGUCCUCCUGCCGUGUGGAUAAACCCUCGGAGAUUGUGGAUGUUGGGGACAAAGUCUGGGUGAAGCUGAUUGGGAAAGAGGUGAGUUUAAUUCUCAUUCCUUAGUGCUGUGGGGGCCAAAUGUCCUUAAAUGUGUUGAGAGCUGUGCCGAGGGCUGGGUUGGGUGGAAAAUGGAACUGUCCUUCUCUUCCCAGCCAGGAUGAGAGGAAGAAACGCACCUUCAGGGACUACACGAGCCAGAAGAUCACGCUGGAAGCUGUUCUGAACACCGUGUGCAAGAAGUGUGGCUGCAAAGGUCAUUUUGCCAAGGAGUGUUUUAUGCAGCCUGGAGGUACCAAGUACAGCCUCAUCCCAGAAGAGGAGGAAGAUGAGGUGGCAGCAGCAGCAGGACAUGGAGGAGACAAAAAGACCAGCCUGGCUGAGGAGCCUUCAAAAAAGAGGAAAAAGAAGAAGAAGAAGAAAAAGAAGCACAAGGCGAAGGAGUCCUCGGAGUCGGACUCGGACAGCUCGGACUCGGACAGCUCGGGGGCUCAGCCCUCCAGCAAGAGGAGCAAGCAUUCCAAGGCUCCCAAGAAGAAGAAGAAGAAGAAGCAGAAGCACAGGAAGUAGCCCUGGGAAUGAGCAGGGGCAGGGUGGGGUGCUGAUGUUGCCAGUCCCUGGUGCACACCAGCAGCAGCCAGCAGGAACCGGGGACAGAGUUUCCUUCUAAAAGUAACCCAGGCAUGUGGUGUUACAGGUGUGACCUUGCUACAAGUUGUCCUCUGGCACCUUGGCACAGGCUGCCCCUUUCUCCCACAGCUCCUGCCAGGACAGGCUCAUGACAGCCUGCAGGGCACCUCUCCAGGGCACCUCUCCUGUCCUGCAGCCUCGUGUUUCACUGGCUGUGCUUCCAGCAGCAGCCUGGGUGACAUCAGCCCUGUGCAGCUCCUGCAGAGCUGGGGUGGCACUGCCAGGCUGUCCCUGCCUGUCCCCACGCUGCUCAGGGACAGCAGUGUGUGCUGCUGGGCCCUGGGAUGGGGCCACAUCCCCCCCUCCUUGGCUUUGGGCUGCAAAGCUGCCCCAGCUCCCCCUGUGUCUGCAAACACUGCGAGUGGAGGAGCGAGAAGCACACGGGGAGUGGAGAUACUGUGAGUAAACACUGGGCAGUGUUUGCUGCCUUGGAAGGUGAUGGAAAAGAAAUCUCUGGCGUUUCCAUUUCCACCAGU